AUGAGUUACUACGACUAUUGUGAUGAUCAAUAUUCAUCAGACGAUGAUAUUUAUUAUCAUAAUUAUAGUGUAGAUUAUGCCAAUCAAAUAUUAGGUGGACAUCAUAAUAUUUCAUCAUGUUUACCAAUUAUGCGUCAAAAACAUCGACGAUGUUCACCAAGAUUAGUUCGUCUUUCAACAUUGGAUCAUAUGCCUAUUACUAAUAGACAUAAUAUUAUUCCUUCAUUACAUAGUCGACCAAAAUAUAUAUAUGAUGAUCAAAUAUUAACAUCACCACCAACACCAACACUUGUUCUUCCUUCUUUACCAUCAUUAGAAGAUACUAGUCAAGAAUUAGAAAGAAGAGCAACACGAACAACUCAAAACAUAUUUCAGGAAAUAUCACCUAGUUUUUCUCCACUUUCUAAUAAUAAUAUUAAUAAUAAUCCUUCAUCGGAAAAUACUCAUCAAUCAUUGACUGAAACUCAAUUAAGACAAGUUCAACAGCAACAAGAAGCUUUUCAACAACAUUUACUCAAUAUGCAACGUCAUUUACUUAAACAGUCAAAACAACAACAACGACGACAACAAACAAAAGAAGAAGAAGAAGAAGAAGAAGAAGAAGAAGAGGAAGAGGAAGAAGAACAAAAAAUUCCAAGAUCAUUAUUACGUUCAAGAUCAAAUCGUUCAGAUAAAAGACGAAAAAUUUCAUAUAAUGAUCUUAAACUUGAUGAUGAUCAAGCUGAAAUAGCUGAUCUUAUUGAAAAUGAUCCAUAUAUAGCAGCAGCUAUGGAAGAUUUUGCUUAUUCACAUGGAUUAUUAAAGGGCAACAGACACAGAAAUUAUUCAGAUAAAUCAUCAUCUCAAUAUUCUCAACAUCCAAGUAAACGACAUCGAACUCAACAUUUUGGAGAUAAUUAUCGUCAAUAUCGUUCAUCAUCAUUAUCAUUAUCAUCAUCAUCAUCAUCAUCAUUAUCAUCAAUAUCUUCAGUAAAUAAUAGAAAAUCAGAUAUGAAAAAUUCAAAUAUUGAAUCGGUUUUAUUACAUGAACUUCAUCAAAUUCGUCGUUUAAUGGAAGAAUAUCUUCGUAGUAAAACAAGAGAUAUAAAUACAAAUCAAUCAUUAAUGCCAAUAAUACCUAUACCUUGGUCAAUCAAUGAAGAUCAAUAUCGACGAUCAAUUGGUGUUCAUUAUCCACCUGUUCCACCUGUAACUGAUUAUAAACCAUCAUUAGUUCCAACAGAACGAGCUCCACCACCACCUGAACCAACUCGAGUUAUCUAUCAAAAUGUUGUUAAUGCUGUACGAGAAGUUAUUGAUCGACGUUCUCCUUCUCAACGUGAACAACCAUUAAAACCAAGUGAAAUUGAUCCCAAAUUAAAACAUGUUUAUACAAAAAGACCGAAAAUUCUAUUAUCAAAUAAUUCAUCAACAUCAAAUCAACGAGCACCAUUUCCUCCACCGCCACCACUUCAACAACAACAACAACAACAACAAGGACAAGGACAAGGAAAAUCACCUCAAAUAAUAACAUCACCAAUUAUUCGAUUUCCAUCUAGUUCACUACAACGACCACCACCACCAUCAUCAUCAUCAUCAUCAGGCAAUAUUCCUGUUGCUCCUCCAUACGAAGCUUUAGCUAAUUUUUCUUCAUCUCGAUCAACAACAAACAAAGAUCGUAAUUUGUCCUAUGGAAAUCGUCAAAAACAAUCAAAUAUAUAUGAUACACUUUUACCAGGACAUUAUUUACGUUUAUAUACGAAUAAAUAUAAUUAA